GGCAGUCGAAAAUGUCCGAGCAUCACUUGAAAGCAGCGUGAGGCUGAUCUCUGGCUACCAGGUGAGACGGACCCGCCCUCCACUGGACGACGACGACGACGACACACAGGUACCAGAAAGCAAAAACUGGAUUCGCCGGUCUCGACGCUGCAAGGACAGACUGCCCGCCUUACGAAAACCCGCACAGAAGUCACGAGGAUCGGUGGGAAGUCUCUGCUCCCCAGCCUUCUUCUCUCUUCCUUCCCCGGUCGUUAACUUCACAUCCCAGCGGGUGAAAACAACCGACACGUUCGCCGACACGUCGCGGGCAUGUCGCGGGCUUAAAAACUCUAUUUUUUUUGCCUUUGAGGACUGAGGCGUUUCGACACAACACUCGUCCGACAACGUCGGUUGACCGGCGGAGUGUCCGAAACGCGGAACGAAAACCAGACGACGAGUAGCCGGAUGGAUCGGUACGAUAACCUGGAUUUGGAUUUGGAGUGUGAUGGAGGAGGCGUUGCACAAAAAGCAGCGUUAUUCGGUGGGAUGUUCAAGAAAUCCUCUAAGUCUGCAGAACCAUUGGUCCAAGCACAGGACAAUUUAUCAGCCAGUGGUGAACUUUCAAAGAGCAACGACAGCCUGACUGACAACAACACCAAGGACAAAGGAGGAGUGUUUAAAGGAAUGUUUAAGAAGGCGACCAAACCUGCCAAAGAGGGUCAUCCACAGGCCACCCUCUCAUUACAAAAUCCUGAAUUCUCUGCCAGUAGUGACAGCUUAACAGACAACAAGUCAUCAAAGGACAAAUCAGGUGUGUUGGGUGGGAUACUGAGACGAUCUCCCAAACCAGGACAUGUCCGGAGGCCUUCCCAGGAUCUUUUGGACAAUGAGCUGUCAGUCACUAAUGACAGUCUGUCUGAAGACAGCAACACUAAGGAAUCAGCUGGGAUCUUCAGUGGGAUGUUUAGAAAAUCCCCAAAGCCCUUCGGAGUGAGGACACAAUCCCAGGAUGAUUUGUCUGCACCAAACGGACUCUCGGGCAGCAACGACAAUCUCUUUGAGAACAACGCGAAGGAGUCAGGUGGGAUGUUCAGUGGAAUAUUUAAAAAAGCCCCAAAGGCCAUCCAGGCGAGGACAGAGUCUCAGGACGAUUUGUCUGCACCCAGCGAGCUCUCAGGCAGCAACGACAAUCUCUCUGAGAACAACACGAAGGAGAAAGCAGGUGGUGUGUUCAGUGGUGUGUUCAGAAAAAAAGCUUCCAAGUCUCAGUCUCAGGAUGAUUUGUCUGUGGGGGGCGAGCUCUCUGCCAGCAGAGACAGUCUCAUAGAGAAGUCUUCAAAGGGUGGAGGAGCAGCAAAGAUCCUGAAGAACCCUUUCACCUCCUCAUCUCAGGAAAAGGUAAAGACUGAACACUCGGGAGAGUCCAAUGAGAAUUCCUCUUCCGCAGAGAGGCCCAAAGUCAAACAGGGGAAGAACUCAGACACUGAUUGCGAGGAGACCUUGGACAAUGGAGAGGGACAGCCUGCUCACAAACAGAAUAAACUUGCGGGGGCGAUGACAAAGCUGAAUCCAUUUCGAUCUGCAAACAAAAGUGAGAAGCAGACGGGCUCUGAUGACGAGGAUCCACCUGCAAACAGCGAUAAGUCAUCAGGCCACAAACAGAACGCCAUGAUUGGAGCCAUGUCCAAACUGAAUCCUUUCCGCUCUGCAAAUAAAAAAGACAUUGAAGACACAGAGACUCACAAGGAGAACCAGAAACAAGUGGAAGAGAAGCCGAAACCGGUCAAAAGCAACAUGAUCCAGCAAGAAAGGAAGGAAAGGAGUGAACCACCACUGGUCCCAACCAGACCAACUGAAGAGGAGAUGAAGAGGACGUCCGCGUAUAACCAAGUGAAACCAAGAAGAACUGACGAUAAUCAGGAUAAAAAGGACAUGAUCUCCAGACAGAAAAAAGGAAAGCCUGCAGAGGCUCCUGCAGCUCCUCCCAGACCAUCAGGAGAGAGCCAGUCAGAUGAUGAAGGUCUCAAACAGGAUGAAUCUGCUGAGGCCAAAGAGGGACAUGAGGUGAACCCCCCAGAGAGCAAAACAACCAAGGUGAAAAAACACAUGCACAAUAACCCAUUCAUGCCACGUACUGCAGCCAAGGCUGCGUCUGAUGAGGAAGAACUGAAAGAAGAAGAUGAAUCUUUAUCCAAAGAGGAAAAGAAAGACGAUGAGGCCACGGACAAAAGAGAGGAGACCAAAGUCAAGAAACCUAAGCGACACAAUCCCUUCAUGCCACGGGUCAAGGCCAAAGUUAUACAGAAGCACACACAGGACGGAGCUGCAGGCAACACAGCAGAGAAUGAAGUUGGAAGCAGGACCUUGUUUGACCAGCUGGAGGACUUCCGUAUUGACACAGCACAGCCUGAAGAUGAUCAGGAUGUGGAGAAUCUCAUGGAGUGGUGGAACACGGUGGAGCCAUGGGAAGACGUGCCUCAAGAUGAUGACAUGACAGAAAAAGAAGAGGCCAAGGCGUUUGCUUUGACGGCUGAAAAGGUGCAGAAAGGAAUCCGUGUCUUCAACAAACUGUUCUCGGAGCGAGCUGAGAGUCUCUGGCAGCACGUCAUCGACCUCAACAGUAUCGCCGACGGCCUGGACAAGUUCAACAAGAACACAAAGAUCGCUCAAAUCACCGGCGGCUCCACCAGUGCCAUUGGGGGCGUUGCCACCAUCGCUGGCCUCGCUCUGGCCCCGGUCACCUUCGGAACCUCUUUGAUUGUGACGGCGGUGGGAUUGGGCGUCGCCACGGCCGGCGGUCUGACAUCAGCAGGUGCCGGCAUCUCGAACCAGGUCAACAACUCGAUGGACCGCAAGAAGGUGGAGAAAAUAGUGGAGGACUACCAGGAGAAGAUGGUGGACUUGAACAAGUGCCUGAAAUUCAUCAAGCAGGGUAUCGAAAACCUGCGCAAAUUUGACCUGAUCAAGAUGAAAAAACACGCGUACAAUCGUGACUUCCCUGUGCUCAGUAGUAGUUUCUAUGAGGAUGGUGCCAUGGCAGGAAAAGCCAUCCUCAUCAACGCCAAUGAGAUCAUGCGUGUGGUUCAGAUCGCUAAUGUGGCCGGCAGCACAGCAGCCAGAGCGGUCCAAAUCGCCAGUAUGGCCACUGGUGUGCUUACCGGACUCUUCGUAGGAAUGGACAUCUACUUUGUGGCCAAAGACUCCAAAGAACUCAAGAAAGGGGCCAAGUCAGAGUUUGCUGCCAAAAUCAGGGAGGUGGCAACGCAACUGCACGAUGGUCUGGUGGAGCUCAAUGGGAUACGAGAGGAGCUGCAGUCCACCACACCAGAGAGUAACACAGGCAAAGAUACAGCUGCUUUAGACAAUGACAAGAAAGAGAAAGAUGGUGAAUAUGACAGUUCAGAGGAAGAUGAAAUCGACCGCAUUAAAAAAGCCAUCAAGAAGGACAUUGAGAACCGAGAAUAUGUUUGACUGAAACUUCAAAGUGGUUCACCGUGCAAAAAGAUUUUAAGUUCUUGAAAAUACUGGCUCAAAACUACAAUCAGGCUUGUUAUGAAUGUCCGAAGAGGAGACUUCAUACUUGAUAAAAUACACAGGUUUCUAAAACCUCUAGAUUUUUUCUUUUAGGGAACUGACUGCUUGAAAUCUGAUCAGCAUUUACACCAUUGGGAGGAACUGAGGUUUUGCGGUAGAUAAAGUAACAUAUCUGCUUCUCAGGCAGUUGUGCCAACGUGUGAAACUGCCAUGAAAAAUGAGAUUCAAAGAUUUAAAUAAAUCAUGCAUUUGGAUAGUACAGUUUUAGAUAAAUCGAAAAAUAAGUGCAAAGUAUUUACUAGACUCAAUCUUUUAGAAUUUAUCGUGUUGUUUAGAGUUACAUCAAAGUUUAUUGGUUCAUAUUGAAACACUGGGGCUUUUACUGACCAGUUGUAGAGAUUGUGUCUACUCAUAGGGAGGAGUGCCUUUAUGAUUUAUAUUGCCUUAGAAAUACAGUAUGAUGCAGUGUAGCAUUAGUCUGUUUCCUUAUGUUGUUUUUUGGGUGUCAGGGCGGCAAUGAAACCAUUUCCCCACAUCACUGCCUCAGGUGUUGGUUCUGAUGUGGGAUGUUUUUAAAGUUUAACAAGUCUUGAUUGGCUUUAUGAUAUUGGCUUCAUUUUGUAGAAUGACAGUAAUAAGCUUUGUUUUAAAGCUGCUGUGCAAGAAGGUAGAUUUUCUUUCUUUUACAAAAGAGCGAAUAAAAUGACAAAAUAAUGGUGAGAAAGAAUGCGAUUGGGUUGCAUCAGCUGUUCACAAAUUAAUCAGUAAUUUUGAGUAGUUAGUUUUUACUAGUACUAGCUAGUAUAAAACCAGUGAUUUGUUAAAUUGGGUUGAAUCAUUAAAACUUAAGGAAUGUCUUAUCUAAUAAAGACUUUAGUAAUGUGUGAAACAGUUAUUAGGAAACAUCUUUUAGUGCCAAAAGCAAUUAGCUGUCUAAACAGGAAAUCACAAGCUGUAAUAUAACUUCCAAAUAGAACAGCUUUAAGUGAUAUAUUAAACGUAACUGCCAAUCCUUUGUCAAUGUAGGCAUUACUUUGUUUUAUUUAUACAUGCACACAUAGAGAAAUAUGUUUCAUAGUUAGUAGUGUUCAUGCAGUUAAGAAUGAGUGAGAGGUAUCUGAUAAUGCUAACCUAGCCGACGUUAUUUGGUCAUUCAGUCUAAUUUUAUUAACAUUAUUUUGUAAUUUGUGGUAUAUUGUGUUUCUUCCCAGUUUACAUUAUUAUUAAACAGCAUUUUGAUUAAUCGUCAACUCGGAUAUCUUAACCAUAUUCUAUAUUACUUCUGAAAAUCUUCACUCUAAACUGGUCAUAUUAGCAAGCUAAUGUUAGCUCUGUCACUUUGCUCCAUUAGCUAGGCCACAGUUACACCUGGCAGUCGCUUGGCAUAAAUAUUUAGUAGCGACUAAUCCCUACAUGAGAAACAGAAUUUGCGGAGCAACCUGUUUUAAUUUUGUCAUAUUUAAAUCUCCACUUUGUUAAGACUUUAAAAAAUUAACUAAGCUAACAGCUGUUGCAACCGGCUCCAGGCUUGGCUAUUGGUUUUCAGUCAUGUUUUCUGCUAUAUUAGAUGCUUUAAUGCUUUCAGGUUGUAAUUGUCCCCAUUAAAUGACUGGAAUGACACAGGACUGUAACAACCAGCCGGGACUGACUCACCCUGUCCUGAAAACAACCAGCCGGGACUGACUCACCCUGUCCUGAAAACAACCGUGUCCUUUAACUAGCGCAUUCAUUUCUUUAGGACUAUUGUUUCAAAGUGAAGGUUUGAUAUGCCGUACUGUAAUCUCUGACGACAGCUGUUUGUUUAGGGAACCUUAUAUUUAUUUUGCAGUCUUACUCUGGGUUGAGCUGGUUAUUCGGUGAUAACUUUUUAUGUGCAAUAUACUGUAGAACCCCAUGUGUAAUAAAUGUAAAUGUGAAAAUCGUUAAUAAAAAGUCAGAAACACUGUCAA